GAAAUUGCUGGAAUCUUUCUAUCACAAUUUGUUUCAAAUAUAAGUCAGCCUCUUAACAUUGUAGGUACCGAAAGUUCUACAAACAUUGAUAGUUUGAAACUGGCGUUCAGUCAAAUUAAGCUCAAUAGUACAAUACCACCUUUUGGUAAAAGAUUGCUACUGUCGUCUUAUGUUAUCUUCCAAAAUGAUACUCUGGUGACCGGAAAGGCUCUUGGCGGAUUCACUAUUACGAAUCCUUUCACGUCAAACAUCACAAUUAGCGAGUUGAAACAAGUAAACAUCACAUUUCACGACAUUCCCAUAGCAUUUAUUAGUAAUUUUUCGUUUCCUCUCACUGUUAAAGGCCGAGACACAAUAACAUCCCCGCCGCUCCCAAUUAAUGUUAAUCUCACUCCGACUAAUCUUGUUGCAACUGUUAAAGCCGCGGCAGCUGACAAACAUAUCGAUAUCACGCCCCUCCUACCUCUCCUUGAAUUAAUCGGUGGUGGAAAUAAGUCACAAUCAGAAAGCCAACUCUCCAAAUCCGGAUCUGAUGAACAAAGCGCGCUAAAAUUGCUCGAGAAAAUUUUGGGAACCCUAAAUGUUGAUGUUAGCAUGAGUUCUAAUGUUCUGAUAGAUCAGUUCCCAGCACCCCUGUCAUUCGUAGAAAAAGAUGUACCAUGUGCUGUAAACGGCGUCGAUAUUAUAAUUACCCAGAUUGCCUUACCAAUUGCUCAAGGUCUUGUUGGUAAUAGUACAAUUACAGUGAAUACGGCAAUCAUGUCUGAAGAACAGGCGGCAACUUUCAACCUUCACAUUAAUGGUGUUAUUGGUAAUGUUGGAAAGGUCAAGGCUAAAAUCACGUUCCCAACUGGUGUAAAUGUUUCCACGGAAGGUAAAGAGCUUGGUAUCGCAAAAUUACCACCUGUCACGUCCAAUGGUACCGGUGAAGCGAGUAUCAACAGCGAUUCCGUAUUCCAGAUUACAAAUGUUCCGAACUUUUCUGAGUUCGUUUUAGUUUUAUUGGGUGGUCCUUCUGCUAACUGGACCCUUUCGGCAGAUGAUGUACAAGUUGAUGCCUCAGGUAUUCCUGUAUCAGGAAUCAAAUUUAGCAAGGUUGUUCCUCUUCUGGGUUUUGACGGUCUGAAGCAGGUGAAAGUUUUAGGUUUCAGUCUUCCCGGUAUAGCUCCUGACGGCAACGUUAUAAUUGACAUUGAUAUAUCCUUGGAAAAUCCUUCGAAUGUUGGCAUAUCUCUGGGCACCAUUACUUUCAAUGUGUUUUCCGAUCAACUAUUUGUGGGUCCGAUUACUGCUACUGGUGUUACGCUUGCGCCAAAAUCUGCUGCCAACAUCUCAUUCACCGGUGAAAUCGUAAUUAAAGAUCCAAAGAUAUUAUCACAGCUCAUUGCGGUAUUAUUUUCUGGUAAAGGAAAUUUAACAGCUAAAGGUGAUACAAUUAAACCUCCAGGCGCCAAAGGUGACGUUCCGUGGUUAUCCGGUCCAUUCAAACAACUUGCACUUGUGGUUCCGAUUCCUAGCUUACCAACCACAUCGCCCGUAAAAAGUGUUGGCAUCAAAAGUUUAGAUCUUGCAUUUACCGUGGACACCGCUUUCAACCCUGAUUCAUCAUCGAGCGGAAUGGUGGCAGAAAUUCAACUACCCAUUCGUCUUCCAUCCCCGAUUAUAAGUGUUUCACAAAAUAUAACUAUUAUAGACGAAGAUGGUGGUAAAGUUGCUUCUUUGGCAAUAGCUUCAGCGCCUGCUACCCAAGUAGGAGAAAAUGUAACCAGCACGUACAAGAAUGUUUCUUUGACAGCCAUUGAUAAGACUGCAUUUGCCAAGUUUAUUGGUGAAUUAACUGUUGGUACCGUAAAAACUUUCAGUUUAUCCGGCAUUGUGUCAUCCACUUUAAAAGAAUUUUUGCUCCCACCUAUUCCGUUCAGUUUGAAAACGUCCAUGAAAG